GAGUGAGGCAUCAAAGGGGAAAGUUGUGCGUCUCGCUGCUCCGUUCACCUGUACCACGUGGAUAUAAACACAGAAUAAGUAUUAGGCAUUCCUUGAUCUCAUAGGAAGUCAGUGUUGCUCAAGACAUCAGGGAGGAAGGUGACGUCUCCUCGCUUCUCGGAACAGGUUUUGCGGAGCGUGAGUGUUGCGGAAGAAGACAGCAAGCAAGGAAGACUUAGAGGUGGUGCUAAAUUGAGAACGCGAAGCAGUGAGGCGGAGGAGCGAGACAAAACAACACAUCCAAGACCACCUCAGGGUACCCUCCACGCCCUUAGGCCCCUCCGCGGCCCUCCACGGCCCUCCACAGCCACACAGAUGCGGUACAAGGGUCUCUUCAGCCCACAAGCGGCGCCCACCACUCGUGCCUACUGCCUGCUCAUCAGCUUUCUAAUAGGCACACUUAUGCUCACCGCUGGCUCAGUUUUCUAUCACGUGAUCCUAAGCAAGCCAAUGAGCGGAGCACACCCCAUGCACACGCCGCCGCUCGCCCUCGCCCUCUCGCUUAUUGUUGGCGGGGUGGUCAUGUUACUCACCUGCCUCCUCAUCGCCUGGAAGUAUGGCUUUGACGACGGAGACGAUGCGAUAGAGGACGACCUUUACGUGUUAGCAGCUGAGGAUGUGUUGGCACAGAGACACGCAGCGGCGAGAGCGAGGACAGCUGAUCCUUCUCCUGCACCUCCUGUAUGAAGCCAAGCCCUGUCACCCUUACCAAGCCCCCUACAAGCUCCCUACAAGUUCCCUACAAGCCAUUCUACUGUCUAAUCGCUAAGUCUACAUCUGCUACUCGCCUCUACCCAGUCAUCAGUAGAUGUGGUAGUAGUAGUAGUAGUAGUAGUGGUAGUGGUGAGUCUUCCAUGCAGGUUUAUUCACACGUGCUGUACAUGCAUACAUAGUUACGAGGCAUUUCCUGGCAUAGCGUUUGGCAUACUUUUUACACCACUGAGAAUGAGAGAGAGAGAGAGAGAGAGAGAGAGAGAGAGAGAGAGAGAGAGAGAGAGAGAGAGAGAGAGAGAGAGAGAUAUGAAAGAUGUUACCUCCUUCCCUUCUUCCCUCCCUCCCUCACUACACAGAAGCAAAGAUAGAACUUCAAAAGAGGUGAUUGAAGCGAGUCACUGAAGGAGAGAGAGAGAGGGAGAGGGAGAAGGGAGGGGAGACUAGGAAAGAAAGAGAAAACGGGAAAAGCCCUCUUACAAGUGUACCUUUGAAGUUCCCUAACAAAUAAGCACCGCUAUACACUACAACGGUACUAAACUGUGUGGUGGCUUUGAUUAACCCCUUCAGUACUGGGACCCAUUGAAUUUUGGGUACGUUUGGACCAUUUUAUUGACAUUAGAAAGGGUCUGUGGAGGUCAGAAGAUUAAUGGCCACAGUCUCCACUAUUUCAAUCCCCACACAAAUUUCUGAAGCUGUACAAAAUCACGAGACUCAUUUUUAUCUUGAGUUUUGGGUAUGAUUAGACCAUUUUAUUGACAUUAGAAAGGGUCUGUGGAGGUCAGAAGAUUCAUGGCCACAGUCUUCACUAUUUCAAUCCCCACAUAAGUUUCUGGAGCUGAAUAAAAUCCCCAAAUAGUAAACAGAAUGAAUAUGGAAACACGUCAUGGUACUGAAUGGGUUAACCUCAAAUUUACCUGUUUCUUUAAUUUUGUUUCUAUUUAGUUCCUUUUUAUUUCAUUUUUUAGCCUAAGGUUGUGUUUGUGGGUGUAAUAUUAAGUUGACUGUUAUUGUGUUGGGUUUUUGAGUUGCAAUUGUAAUGCUAGUAGUAAUAAUUGUAGUAGUAGUAGUAAUUGAUAGUAGUAGCAGUAAUUGUAGUUGUAGUGGCAGGACUUGCGUAGCUUUAAUUAGUAGUAUUAUAAGAUGAUAAAGUGGGAAAAGUGUCUCAAU